AUGGAACAAACACUUGUGCUGGUAAAACCCGACGGUGUACAGCGGGGGUUGAUCGGACAAAUAAUCGCCCGCUUGGAGUGCCGGGGCUUGAAGCUGGUGGGCCUCAAGCUGAUGCAGGUCGAUGAAGGACUAGCCCACCGACACUAUGGGGAACACAUUAACCGGCCUUUCUUCGCCGGACUGGUCAGCUUUAUUACCUCAGGUCCCGUCGUGGCCAUGGCAUGGGAGGCCAAUAACGCAGUGGAGAUAGUGCGUAACACUAUGGGCACAACGAAACCCUGUCAAUGCCGCGCCCGGGACAAUUCGCGGCGACCUCGGAGUCGACAUAGGACGCAACCUGAUACAUGGCUCGGACAGUCCGGGAUCGGCAGAGCGGGAGCUUUCCCUAUUCUUCCAGCCUGA